AUGGUUCUUGCUGGUUCAUUGCAAUUGUCCCAUCAACUGGGACUUUGCAAGAAUCAGAGGUCACGAGAACAAUAUAAGAGUGGAAUAGGAAGGGACAAGUUAUAUUCAUUAAGCACUGCCCUUACAUCACGAUUUGCGUUUCAGAAGCAGGAUUCUUGGGGUAUCCGUUUAUCAGACAAUGGAUACAGGUCCUUACAUACUGUGUCUCACAGCUAUCAUGCAUUUAAGUGCCAUUCUUCGCUAACAUCAGGCCAACCAUUCGACCAACACGGCUUGAAGACAGCUGCAAUUGUGUUGACAAGGUCAUAUAAUGCUUUGCAAGGUUGUCCUCUUGUAUUCAAAUUGAUUCCAUCAGUUGGCAUUAUUAUCUUUGCCAUAUGGGGUCUGGCACCACUUAUGCGCCUGAGCAGAAAUCUGAUUCUUCAUAAAAGUGAUGGUAGUUGGAAAAAGAGUAAUACACAUUAUGUUACAACCUCGUAUAUUCAACCUACGCUGCUAUGGAUGGGAGCAAUACUCAUAUGCAGGGCAUUGGAUCCAGUUGUUCUACCUACAGAAGCUAGCCAGAUUGUAAAGCAACGUCUUUUGGAUUUUAUAAGAUCAUUGUCAACUGUUCUGGCAUUUGCCUAUUGUUUAUCAAGUGUGAUUCAACAAGCACAGAAAUAUUUCAUGGAGACUAGUGACUCCGGUGAUACCAGAAAUAUGGGUUUUCAAUUUGCUGGGAAGGCUGUUUACUCUGCAGUAUGGGUUGCUGCUGUUUCAUUAUUCAUGGAGUUGCUAGGUUUCUCUACCCAAAAGUGGCUUACUGCAGGAGGUCUUGGGACAGUAUUACUGACGCUGGCUGGUCGUGAG